ACUAAAGCCCAGCGGGCGCGCGCGCUCUAGAGGUGCACGGAGACGGGGAAGUUCCUCAGGAGCCUAGCGACCAAGAGCCGGUAAAUUAGUACACAAAGGCGAGUUUGCCCCGCGAGCUUUGACGUUAUGUUUGAAUCCCCGUGUAAAUCGAUAGAUGUCCUCAACGCGUGGUCGGAGAGUCAGGAAGAGUUGCGCGAGACGCAACCGGUGUCUCCUCGCGGGACAAGAAAGCGAGUCAAGGCAAAAAAGAAAAAGCGAAAACAGCAGCAGCAAAACGAGAAACGCUCCGUCUCGGCCCCGCAGUUAUGCACGGAUGACGCCAAUAAGGGGCGAACAGAAAAGAAACAUAGACCGGACGAACCGAUUGUGAGAGGAAUCUUCCAAAUCGGGAAGAAGAGCCACGACGUGGUUCUCACGGAGACGCGGGUAACAUGGACGCCCAUUCAGCCCGAGACCCCUACAGCUGACCUUGAUGUGAAGAAGCAGGAAGAGUAUGUGGAGCUUAAGGACGUGUUUGCUGUGAAGGUAAAGCGGCGGCGCUCUGCGGGGCAGCAGACGGGUGGAACUCUGCUGGGCAUCACACUCUUCCAGUGCAAGAAGAAAGGGGUCAAACUCAAGGAACAUGCCAUCCACCUCAGCAACCUCAGUGCGGACCACUGUGAGAUUUGGUUCAAGAGCCUCAAAGAGAUCCUCAGCGGUUUUAAGUACCGUCCCAAGUCUCUCAAAGUCUUUGUGAACCCCAUCAGCCACAAGAAAGAGGCGUACCAGCUCUACCUGGACGAAGUUGCCCCGCUCUUCAAGCUUGCUGACAUAGAAGCCGAUGUGACCAUCACCAAAAGAAAGGGCCACGCACUGUCCAUUCUGAAAGACUGCAGCUUGGAAGACUAUGAUGGUGUGGUAUGUGUUGGGGGAGAUGGCUCUGUAGCUGAGGUGGCCCACGGGUUGCUUCUCCGGGCCCAGAUGGACGCUGGGAGGGACACAGAUUCCAUCUUCACGCCUGUCCAAGCAGCACUUCCUCUCGGCAUAAUACCAGCAGGUUCUACUGAUGUGGUGGCCUGCUCCGUGCAUGGGAUAAGACGAGCUGUGACUGCAGCCUUGCACAUCAUCAUGGGUCAUCAUCAGCCGGUGGACGUGUGCAGCUUUAGCUCUAUGGGUCGCCUGCUGAGGUUCGGCUUCUCUGCCAUGUUUGGUUUCGGUGGGCGGACGCUCGCACUGGCAGAGAGACACCGCUGGAUGCCACCCAGCCAGCGUCGCGAGUUCGCUCUCAUUAAAACACUGGCAAACCUCAAGUAACCUGAAGACUGCGAACUGUCCUUUAUAACCAGCAGAGGAGCCGAGGAUCAGACAAAAGCUGAGCGAAAUGGAGAUGGAGGAGACAUUUGUGAGGAUGGAUCCUGGCAGACCAGACAAGGCCUGUACCUGAAUAUCAGCAUCAUGGCUAUUCCCUGCCUGUGCUCCAUGGCCCCCAGGGGCCUGGCCCCAACCACCAGGUUGAACAAUGGCAGUAUGGCACUGAUAGCUGUUGGAAACACCUCCAGGUCAGAGUUCAUCAAGCACUUGAAGAGAUACAGCAGCACAAACAACCAGUUUGGAUUCUCAUUUAUUGAUAUAAUAAAUUUAUUUUUUGUGUAUAUGUGGCUUCGCUCUCAGGGAAGUUGGGCUGAUGACGUUUCAGAGGAGAAUGAGGAGUGCGAGUCAAAAAUGGUGCCCAUGAUCUCCUCUGAAGGGACAUACCCCUGGAACAUUGACGGAGAUCUCUUGGAGGUCCCAUCUGAACUCCUGAUAAGAGUUCACCCUCAGCUUCUCACACUUUUUGGAGCAGACAUGGAGGAGGCGGAGGAGGCACCGGUUAAAUGCAGCUGUAUCUGAACACACACACAACCACAUUAAAGAGAGAUGGUGCUAGAUAGUAGAGCUAUGAGAAACUGAAUGAACAAACUGCACAGAGCAAAGCUUUAACAUUUAUAUAGAACAUUUUAUGACAGAGCAAAAACAUAUGACACAUAGUACAUUCCAGUGCAUAAAAAAUUAAAUUAAAAUUAAAGUUUUUUUUUUCUUUUUUACAAAAACUUGUAUAACUUUUGAAGAGACAGGAAAUAAAAUGAAAACAUUAACUUAUUAAAAAUAGUGAUUUAAAAAAAAAAAAUUAUAAUAAUGUGCUUUUUUGUACACCAUUCCCUGAACAUUAGAGAUUUGUUUUUCUUUUUUUUUUCUCUCCUUAUAUUUUAUAUAAAAAGCAUGGACAAGCAUCCCAUCCGAUGUGACUUCCCAAAUCUAAAGAUUAUUUCCCACUUUUUUAGCUUUGAUUAUUUUUAUUCAUACACCAACACACUUUUUUGACCAGGCCCAAGCAAAACCAGCUGACUUUUCCAUAUUUUAUGCAUUUAUUUUUGGAAAAAGGGAUUUGUAAAAUAAUUUAUAAAUGUUUUAUAAUCUAGCUUAGAAUAUAAAUCAAAUGAUAAAAUGUUUUAUUAUUAACAACAGCAACAAUAAUAAUUAU